GGACCUUUGGAGCUGGGUGAGGCGCUGGGUGUGCUAAGGGACAGGGGGUCUUGGCAUUGAGGAUUUAAGGGCUCCAGACGCUAGUGAGAGGGUAGAGAAAGAGGCAGAAAGAAAAUGUGAUGAAUUGUCUAGGGGCGGCGAUGCUUUGGGAAACCGGGGGCUUCAGCGAGAUUUGGAGGGGGGAUGUGGAGGCCUCGUAGGGAGAGGGGAGGAGGGAGUUAUAGAGGAAAGGGGGCGUUUCGGAGCACGGGGUGGGGGGAAAGAGAGUUGCCUUGAGAGGAGGGGUAUAUGAGGAGCCUGUGGUGUAGGGGGAGCUUGAGAGGAGGUCGGGACUCGGAUGAGAAGUAGGGGUGACCCCCAUUUUUCAAAUGCUGAUUGGAUUUGGUAAUGGAGGCAGUACCCCACGGAGCAGGUGAUUAGGACCGGAAUGGUAUGGGGUGGUCUUCAUUUGUCUGAGGCGAGAGAGUCCAUGACAGAGCAGAACAGAACUGUCAGAUGGGGCCAAACAUCGUCCAAACCCUGUGCCUGGCCAGGGUCUGUUGUGGAAACACGGGUGACAAGUGCGGGUUAAUCCAAGGAGCUCUGGAUCUCCAGAAGACCAGGAAGAUUUUGUUUCUUUGAGCACCAUGGGCUUGAGGUUCAACCACCAUUUCCAGUUUUGGAUCCUGUGUACCUCCCAACAGAUUAAUUUUCCAGACACAUCAGAAAUCUGAACAACGAUCUGGUUAUUUGCUAAAACUGACUGAAACCACUAUUUAUCACAACAGUGGACUAAAUUAACAGUCUCCAAGUCAAAAGAUGAGGAAACUUAGGCAAACAGGUGUAAGUGACUUAACCAGGGCUACACAGUUAAGUGUCUGAAGCUGGACUUGAACUCAGGUCUUCCUGAUUCCAGGCCUGGUGCUCUAUCUACUGCACCACCUAGCUACCCCAGAGCUCUUAUUAAUGGACAUAUGCCCUUCCAGGAGGUAAAAGACAGAUAAAAGGUGCAAGAUUGUGCUGCCAAGAUAAGCCAUUCCCCCUACUACCUACCACCUUUGUGAAACCUCUUUGAGUCAUGGGUACUCGAGAAUAUAACCGCUUUGUGGAUCCAGACAAGAUGGAAGCUAUGAUUCCAGACCUAGGACCCAAGAACAUAAUUAAUGUAGACUUUCAGGAGAUAAAACAGUUGGCACGCCAAGGUUACUGGGCCAAAAGCCACAGUCUUAGGGGGAAGGUUUACCAAAGGCUGAUUGAAGAGAUUCCAUGUCGAACAGUCACACCUGAUGCCAGCGUCUACAGUGACAUUGUAGGAAAGAUUGUAGGCAAACGAAGCACCGCUAGCCUUCCUUUGCCUGAGUUUGUGGAAAAUAGUCUGGCCCCAACCUACUGCCUGAAUCCACAGGGAGAAGAAGCUGUUCAAAAGAUCCUUCUUUGUAUUGCUAACCAGUUCCCCGACAUUUCCUAUUGCCCAACACUCCCAGCCAUUGUCGCCCUACUUCUGCACUAUAGCAUUGAUGAAGCGGAGUGUUUUGAGAAAACUUGUCAUAUAUUGGCUUGCAAUGACCCCAAUAAGAGGUUUAUUGACCAGAGCUUUCUUGCCUUUGAGACUUCCUGUAUGACAUUUGGGGACCUUGCUACCAAAUACUGCCAGGCAGCCCACAGGCUAUUAGUAGAAGCAUCAGAGGAUGUAUUUCAGGUCUAUUCUGACUGGCUGCGGUGGCUCUUUGGGGAUCUCCCACUCAGUUACUUUGCUCGAGUCUUUGAUGUCUUCCUGGUCGAGGGUUACAAGGUACUUUACAGAGUUGCUUUGUCAAUUCUCAAAUUCUUCUACAAAUCAAGAGUUGGGAAGACUACAGAGUCAGAGAAUGUGAAGCAGGAUAUCCGUAAGUUUGUCAGGGAUAUCCAUCAGACAGUAUCUCCUGAGAAGCUGCUGGACAAAGCCUUUUCCAUCCGUCUCUUCUCCCGGAAAGAGAUCUAUCUCUUGCAAAUGGCCAAUGAGGCAGUUCUGAAGCAGAAAGGAAUCACUGUCAAGCAUAAAAGUGUUUCACCUUCUAAAAGGAUGUUUGUGCACUUGGCUGUUGAUCCUGGGAAUUUCAAGUCAGAAAUUGUCACUGUGAAGGAGAUGAGAGACAUCUGGUCAUGGAUCCCUGAACGGUUUGCUCUCUGUCAGCCUCUGCUGAUUUUCUCUACUACACAACAUGGAUAUAGCCUGACAAGGCUUUAUUACCACUGUGAUGGACAUGAGCCAACUCUCCUUCUCCUCAAGACAACAGAGAAAGAGGUUUGUGGUGCUUACCUAUCGACAGACUGGAAGGAUCGAAACAAGUUUGGAGGAAAGCUGAGCUUCUUUGGGACCGGGGAGUGCUUUGUGUUUAGGCUGAAGCCAAGAGUUCAGCGAUACGUUUGGGUAGUGAUAAAGCACCCAGAACCAGUCAAGGAUUCAGCCACAGUUUUACAGCCCACAACUUCAGGUUCAAGUUCACAAAUGGAAGACUUGCAAAAUCCAGACCACCCCUCAAGUCGACUCUCACCUUUCUUGGCUGCUCGGCACUUCCAUCUUCCUUCAAAAACUGAAUCCAUGUUCAUGGCUGGAAACAAUGAUUGCAUCAUCAUAGGUGGUGGAGGUGGUCAAGCUUUGUAUAUCGAUGAGGACCUGAAUCGAGGCCACACAGGACACUGUGACACCUUUAACAAUGAGCCACUAUGCUCUGAAAAUUUCCACAUCUCUUCCUUAGAGGUGUGGGGCUUCUGGGAUGCUGAUAUACAAGACUAGAGAUGGCCACAAUCACCAGUCCCUGAACGAAAGACAAGGACAUUCAAGAGGAAGGUUACUCCAAGACUGACUUCCCCAUUUUCAAGUCCUGAGUUUGGACAGAAGCACAAGGCCCUAUGAUCCUUUGAGUGUCUUUCUCCAUCCUAGUUUUCUUUGAUGGUUACUGACCUCCCUAAAAAGUCAGCCUAUGGUCAAGAGAUCCUGAAACUUUCCUUCUCUUCAUCCCUCAGGACAUGGGUUACUUUGAGCUAGGGCCUCAUUUCUAGAGACAAACUCAAGCCUUGCCCCAAAAGGCUUAGAGAUUUUGGUGUAAUCCAGUAUCCCCUCUCCUUUUGUGACAGAACCAUGGGUGGUAUUGGGGGACAGAUAAAUAGCAGAGAUCACACUAUAUGAACUAAUUCCAAGGUUAUGCUUAGGCUCUCUGGCUGUUCUGAUGAUGGGCUGGUGGGGUAGGGAAAGUAACUUCUGUUCUAAGGGUAAUUCAAGGUGCAGAUGAACAAAGGCCUCUUUGUAUAAAUUCCUCUGUGAUUGUCUAAAGGUCACCAGGCUUUCCUAGAUGUAGCCAUUGGGGCCACCCUUUCCUCUCUCAAAUUAUAGGCUCAGAUGGGAACAAACCAUCUGCCCUACAGGCACUUUACCUUUCUGAGUUUGGGAGAAAACUCAAAUCCAAGAAAAAGAAGCCCUCAGAAGGGAUAGAAUUAACCCUAUAUACUAAGAUUAGCACUAUCUCCUCAAAUCCCUAACGUCCUCAUAGCUGUCUGAGUCCCCAUUCACCUUCCUCCUCCCUUGUCUAGUUAUCUUAGCUCCUUUAUACCCUCAAAAAAAAUCUCAAUAUGCCUGUGUAUCUGUUUCUUCCAUUAACACUGAAUCUAGCCUGA